CAGCGCUUUGCGCUCCAGGAUGGAUCUUUAGAUGGCGCUGUGAGUAAACAAGCCGCAGCUGCGCUCAGACCGAAGUCAGCUCCACUCCGAGGAUCCAAUCAACUCAACAUCUUUGGUUUUCUGCUGCUGCUGAAAUCCCAGAACAUUUCCCAGCCUUAUUAGAGGCUUCCUCCAGGACUGGGUCGUGAAACCUCCUCCUGCUGGUACCAGUGCACUUGUCCACCUGCUGUCUGUCUGCAGGAGCCAGGAUUCCGCUGAAGUUGCUCCCAGCAGCAGCGGUAGCGCGCCGCGGACAUCAGUCAGAAGUUGCGCGUCUCCACCUACAUCCACCACCGCUUUCCACGCGAUCAUUCGCGCAAAUGAGCGCGAUGUUAGAGAGAACUGGCGCUGUGUUUGCGUGCGGAAAAUGAUUGCGGCCAUCGGUGAGCUUUCCAUGAUGGUGAGGAGAUGCCCUGUCACUUUCAAGCCGUUCAGGAUCUUUGUAGCGGGGGUUGGCUUCUUCAGCCUGUGCUUUCUAAUGACCUCUCUCGGGGGCCAGUUCUUGGCCAAGCGACCCGGAGACUCGCCGUUCACCAUGCGAGCUGAAGUGCUCGGUGGCCAAGAGUCUCGUGGCGUUUUGAGGAAAAUCAGUGACAUGCUGGAGAUGAUUAUGAAAAGGAUGGAUGCUCUGUCUAGGCUGGGCAACACAAGUGACACUCACAGACUGGAUGAGCUCAGCUCGGCUCUCGACAGGAUUCAGCCGAUGGGACUGGUGGAACGGAUCCAGGCUAUUGCCCAGAAUAUGUCUGACAUGGCGGUGCGGGUGGAGCAGAUCCUGCAGCGCAGCAUGGCCAGCAGCCGAGUUCGGGAAGGAGCCUUCGGAUUAUGUGAAACUCCCAAAGAUCCCCGUUACCCAGACUGCACCAGCAAGAUGGAUUGGAUGCGCACUCGUUGGACCUCCGACCCCUGCUACGCGUUUUACGGCGUUGACGGCUCCGACUGCUCCUUCCUCAUCUACCUGAGUGAAGUGGAGUGGUUCUGCCCCCCGCUGGCCUGGAGGAACCAGACCAUUACCCCCACCCAGAGGCCUCUCCCCAAGAAACAGGCUGUGUUCCAGUCUGACAUCGGGCCUCUGCUGGAGCAGGUGGGCACCGGGAAAGAGUCUUUGAGCUUCAUGAAGAGACGAAUGCGCAGGCUGGCAGCACAGUGGGCCUCCGCUGCUCCACGGUUGGAUGACAAACUCCGAGGCCGCUGGAGAGAGCAGAAGAGGAUUCUAGUUCACAUCGGCUUCCUGACAGAGGAGUCUGGAGAUGUUUUCAGUCCCAAGGUGCUGAAGGGGGGCCCUCUGGGGGAGAUGGUGCAAUGGGCCGACAUUCUCACUGCUUUCCAUGUGCUCGGACACGAUGUCAAGAUCUCCGUUUCUCUCAAGGAACUGCAUGGGUUUCUAGGUGUCCCUCCUGGAAGAGGAAGCUGCCCCCUGACAGGACCUUUGCCCUUUGACCUCAUCUACACAGACUACCAUGGCUUGCGGCAAAUGAAGCAUCACAUGGGUCUUUCUCUACGGAAGCACAAGUGCCACAUCCGAGUGAUCGACACCUUUGGUACGGAGCCUGCUUACAACCACGAGGAGUACGCCACUCGUCACGGCUACAGAACCAACUGGGGCUACUGGAACCUCCACGGCCAGCAGUACAUGACCAUGUUCCCCCACACUCCAGACAACUCCUUUAUGGGUUUUGUGGCCGAGGAGCUGAAUGAGACUGAGAGGCUUUUCAUUCAGAGGGACAAAGUCAACAACAUGGCCGUGGUGUAUGGUAAAGACGCCAGCAUGUGGAAGCUUCAAGGUAAAGAAAAUGUCUUGGCAAUUCUGUAUCGUUACAUGGAGAUUCACGGGACUGUUUAUUAUGAGACACAGCGCCCCCCAGAGGUUCCUGCCUUUGUCAAGAACCAUGGCCUGCUGCCUCAGCAUGAGCUGCAGCAACUCUUAAGAAAAGCCAAGCUGUUUGUUGGAUUUGGCUUCCCUUAUGAAGGCCCCGCCCCUUUGGAGGCAAUAGCCAAUGGCUGCAUUUUCCUGCAACCCAAAUUUAACCCCCCUCACAGCUCUCUCAAUCACGAGUUCUUCAGAGGGAAGCCCACCUCCAGGAAGGUGUCCUCUCAGCAUCCAUAUGCAGAGCAGCACAUCGGCAGGCCGCACGUCAUCACCGUUGACUUCAACAACUCUGAAGAGUUUGACGCAACCAUCCGCGAAAUCAUGAAGCUCAAUGUGGAGCCAUUCCUGCCCUAUGAGUACACGUGCGAGGGGAUGCUCGAAAGAGUUCACACCUACAUUCAGAAUCAGAGCUUUUGUUCCCCCGAGGUUCCGUUCCCUCCUGUGAAUUCAUCCUGGGCUCUGCUCAGAGGUCCGUUCACUCCCGUGCCCGACUCCAGAAUCCUGAUCUGGGCCUCCAAUGUCAGCUCUUUGUCUUCGUGGCCUCCUCUUUCUGCUCUACGGCUUUUGUCAUCACAGCAGGGCCAGUCGUGCGUGGAGGCAUGCUGGACUGAAGGGCUAAUCUGUGAACCCGCCUUCUAUCGUUUUAUCAACAUCAAGGAAGCCUUUAGCGCGCUGGACUUUCAGUGUGAAGGACUGGAGUCAGAGAUGAACCACCUCUUCCCUGCCUUCUCUGCAGAGCAUGCCGAGUGCAGCCUGCAGCACGAUCCGCUGCUGUUCAGCUGUGCCGGCUCCAGCUCCAAAUACCAACGCCUUUGUCCCUGCAGGGACUUUCGGAAAGGACAGGUGGCACUGUGUAGGGACUGUUUAUGACCAAAGGAGCAAACGGUGCUUUAAUGUCACAUCAAAUUGUCCAAAAGGAAACUUUGAGCUUCAAAAGCUGUGGAGCAUAUAAGUGAUUAUGCUCAUUUAGUGGAGAAGCUGCCAAGAAUGUAACAUUUAAAUAACCUCUCAGGGAAUUGCAUGAUUGUACUUUAAAUUUUAAUGGCCUCAGUUUGCAGGUUGUUGCAGCAGGACUACAAUCGUCUAAGAAUCAUGAAGAAGUGGGCCUUUUCUGGAUCGAGUCAGCCCAGAAAACCAACAGCAAUCACUAGGAGUUUAGGUUUUAAAAGAUCCAAAUGCUUGAACUUCAGAAGUGUAUUUAUUUACUUUUGUGUGAAAUAAAUAACGUGAAUAUUGUGGAAUAUUUGUACAGAUGCACUCAAGGCCAUUUACACCAGUUUGAGAUUUAUUAUAUUACAUGUCCUGUGGGAAAUAUAUUUGUACAAAUGUGUUAUUUAAUAAAAGACAACAGAAAAUAUGGUUCUGUGUAGAUAACAUUUAUGAAGGUUAAACUCUGGCCUAGCAAGCCAUCUUUUAUAGUCUGGCCACGACUCUGCAUGCUAUUGGACAGCUCUAGGACCAAUCAGAGCAACAAGCAGCGUGAGAUAUUCAUUGCUACAGAACUCUGUCUGCGGAACAGUCUGCCAUACAUCGUCAAAGAAGAAGAAGCAAACACAUCUUUUAUUUUUUUUUAUAAAUGACUUGAGUACUUCUGUCUGCUCACGUCUGAAAGAAAAGCCCGCAUCAAAAAUGUUUCAAACAAGCGCCUUUCCUAAGCCGACGCCAUCUUUGUUGUUUUUCUUUGUUGUAGUUCUGGGACUAAGUCCACCCAACAUUGAUCUAUGAACAUAGAGCACUGUGAUUGGCCAGGCAUGAAAUUGUCCGGGCAAGUUAUAGACCUGUGGAGACUACUAUGGAGAGUGGCUAGACCGACCUGUAGAGCAGAGUCUGUUGGUACUGCUACGAUUGGUCAUGAUUUGUAGGCUCUUUGUACCCACCCUACUCCUAACCCCUAUAACUUUUGAAAGGUUUUUAUUGCCAUUAUAUGGAUUACAUCACAUAUUUUAUUAUUUGCAGUGCUGGUUCUUCUUUUUCACGCCCUCUGCAGCUCAUGUGCCAUAAAUCAAUGUCCAAAUUCUAACUGGUUGCUGCCCAUUCUUACCAAACUAAUACUGAGAGUUUAGGAAAAAGCCUUGUUUAUUUUUUUUUGUCCUCAUGCAUUUUGUGGACUAACAAGCUCUCAAUGGUAAUAGAGACAGGAGUGUUUCCUAGUUUUUUACCUAAAGUUUCCUGAACCACAUAUUUACAACUUUAGGCGUGUAGCCAUUGUCCAUCACUGAUCUGUUCUUGGAUUUUUGGAGGAUGAUAAUAAAAAAUACAUAGAGA